GCAUGAUUUCCCUAGUGCCGCCGCUUUUUUUUCCUGAUUGAUGCACGAUCCCUUGGAUUCUCUCCGAUUAGGAAGCUGCGUUCGCAUUGGGUUUGCCUGCGCUACAGAUCUUCAAGGCUGCUGCUGCUGGGCACAAGCUGGUCCCUGCUUUGCUUCUGCUGCAGCGUGUUCUUGUGAAGAUGGCUGACCUGCUUCUCCCAAACCUUUUGACUGGGAACUGCAGCGAUUGCGUGUGCGUUCGCGUUUCCAGGUUCUGGAACUUCUAUGACACUAAUAACGAAACAAAACUCCUUCACACUGACAUGGUCCUCAUUGAUGAGGAGGGUAAUAGCAUCCAUGCUCAGGUCUAUCCUCCAGCUGAUGAAUUGUUCAAGAACCGCGUCAAGGAAGGCGGUGCCUACACCUUCUCCUACUUUUGGGUCAGAGCCUCCAACAUCUACAACAAGCCAGUAGAAAAUGACCAGAUGCUUGUGUUCACAAAAUGGACCAAGGUGGAAGAAGUCCUUGAUGUUCCUCCUGCUUUCCCAAUGUAUGCCUACUCAAUUGCCUCACAAGAACAGCUUCAAGCACGUAUUGACAGCAGGGCACAGUUUACAGAUGUUAUUGGAGUCAUAACUGCCAUUUCAAAUACUGGAACAACACAAACAAAGCUAAGGCAUGGCGACAGCACUAAGAGGACCGUCACUAUACAGACACCAAGCAACAUCCUCUUAGAUGUUGUGCUUUGGUCAGAGCAUGCCACAGCUUUCCCAGCAGAUGAAAUACUCAAAGAUGGCCAGACUUCUCCACAGGUUGUGUUGUUUGUUGGUACUCUUGUCAAAAGCUUUGGAGGUAUGUCCUUGUCCGGGAGUUUGUCUUGCAAGUGGUACAUCAAUCCUGACACAAAGAAACUUCUAGCUAGGUGA